AUAAGGGUCGGUCUUGCGUACUCUUAUUCGCUGUUAUUCCCCCCCCCCCCCCGAACACAGCACGGCCAAAAGUACAUUUACACCGGAUCUCAUGAUUCUCGUGUUUAUAUUUAUGUGGUAACCGGAGCCCAAGUUGCAGUACUGAAGCACCAUACAUCACUAGUAAGAGAUUGUAGUUGGCACCCGAGCUACCCUAUGUUGGUAAGCUCUUCUUGGGACGGGGGCUUGGUUAAGUGGGAAUUCCCCGGUAACGAAGCACCGGUCUCUACGAACAAGAAGAGAGUCCGGACGCAAUAUUAUUUUGAACACAUUCCGUAGCAUCUGUAAGCUAUAAUCAUACUACAUACACAAUAUUUUUCAUUAGUAUUGAAUAAGGUGUAAUUGUUUAACGAAAAAUCUAGCCGUACAUAAAUAAACAAUACAACUCUCCGUGUAAGUUUGUUCA